AUGUAUAUACUGGUUGGCUUGGGGAGUGGAUUCCACAAUGCGGCAUGGAAUGUAUGGAUCGGGAAUAUGGCGAACUCGAAUGAAGUGCUCGGUUUCUUCCAUGGAUUCUAUGGCAUCGGGGGGACAGUAAGCCCUUUUGUUGCCACAAGUCUGAUUAUCAAAGCCGGAUGGGAAUGGUAUUCUUAUUACUACCUGAUGACUGGAGCAGCUGUUAUCGCACUACUAUACUCCUCCAGCGCUUUCUGGAAUGAAACUGGGAGCAAAUAUCAACAAGAGAACCCCGGUUUCCAAGGUGAGGGAGGGGUAUUCUCUCAAACACGUCUUGCCCUCACCUACAAGGUCACCUGGAUAUGCGCUAUCUUCCUAUUUCUCUAUGGCGGAAUUGAGGUCGCAAUCGGUGGCUGGAUUGUCGUGUUUAUGAAGGAAGUCCGACACGGCGACCCAUUUGACUCCGGAAUGGCCGAAACAGGCUACUGGCUCGGCAUCACCGUGGGUCGAUUCGUGCUAGGGUUUGUGUCACCACGAAUCGGAGAGAAGUUGUCUAUUGCUAUAUACCUCAUGCUUGCGAUUGCUUUUGAGCUCAUCUUCUGGCUUGUGCCUGAUUUUAUCGUGUCUGCUGUAGCAGUUGCAUUUGUUGGGUUUUUCAUGGGCACUAUCUUCCCCGGGGUUGUGAUUGUGGCCACCAGAUUGCUACCGAAGGAUCUUCACGUUGCUGCUAUUGGAUUUGCGGCUGCUUUUUCUAUGGGUGGUGGUGCUGUUUUCCCAUUCAUGAUUGGCGCUAUUGCUGAGGCCAAGGGGGUUGCAGUUUUGCAGCCGGUCCUACUCGCCAUGCUGGCUGUAUCGUUGGGCAUCUGGGGAACGCUAUUCCGAGUCCCUCGGCAAGGGGUAUCAUACCAUGUUUGA